AUGCUGAUUGCUUUCACGACCAAUAAAACAAGAGUCAAGGCGAUCAGACGGGACUCACAAGCGGCCGAUAAGAGCAGUGCAGAUGAGACAAACGCAAAAGGCUCACGAGCGGAGGUUUGGGGUGCGAGAGAAUUGUUGGCUUAUUCGGAGGGGCGCAGCGGUGAACGUUCACACGCCAGGUCGUACCUGAGAUCGGAAGUGUCCUCCGUGGCGGAAUCUUGGUACGUAGGGGAGCGCGAGCGAGUGGAUCCACUAGGGCCCCCGAAGCGCAGUGUGAACGCGCGCCGAAACCGGCCGAUGCAAAUCGACGGGAUGCGAUUCGCAUUCUGCUGGGAAAGCGUCGACGGUCCGCUACUUCGUGGACCCGAGGCGCGACGCCGCAACGUCCCGGCACCGUCGGUCGGUCGACGCGAUCCCUUCGGGAGCCGCCGUCCGCGUCCAUCCAUCCUUCCGGGAAGGAGGACCGUGGACGUGCCAACAGAGCAGCGGGGACCGCAAUACUCCUCCGCUGGACAAUCGCUGUCAGCCUUCGGGGACAUUCGCAACGUUCGCCUGCGCGACGGUCAACAGGCGCCGGUCAGCACUGCCUGCGUUGCAACGCCGUCCUCCGUUCCUGGGACGCAAAGAAGGACGCGGAGGAACGUGGGCUGCGAUCGCGAAGUCAGUGAGUGA